UGGUCUGAAUUCUAGUUAUCUUUUCUUUGCAUUUGGUCUGUGUUUGUGAUCGUGGAAGCUGUUUGGAAUCACUGGCACAUUGGGAUGUGUUGAUGGGAUUGAUACUUUGCUAGGUAAGUGCUGAAGGCACUGGACAGCGACCCUGGAACCUUUCUUCUUGUUUGGCAAGUGCUGAAUCUGAGCAAGAGCUCCAAGAAAGUGGUGCCGUGCAUCAGGAGCUGUCCAGCAGCACUUGUGUUCCGUUCCUCUGUUGGCUCUGCAAGGGACUGUGUGCUUAUACUUGCAACAUGGGAUGUUGUACAGGGCGCUGCACUUUGGUUUUCAUCUGCACUUUACAGAUGUUGGUUGCACUGGAAAGACAGAUAUUUGAUUUCCUUGGAUACCAAUGGGCACCGAUUCUUGGGAAUUUUCUUCACAUCAUUGUCGUCAUAUUGGGAUUAUUUGGAACUAUACAGUACAGGCCGAGAUACAUAGUGGCGUACACAAUUUGGACAGCUUUCUGGGUUGCCUGGAAUGUCUUUAUCAUCUGUUUCUACUUGGAAGUUGGUGGACUCUCUAAGGACACUGAUCUCAUGACCUUCAAUAUCUCCAUCCAUCGUUCAUGGUGGCGAGAACAUGGACCGGGCUGUGUGUGGAGGCUUGUGCCUGCUCCGCCAAGCAAGAAUCUGGGAGAUCACUCGUUUAUAUCUGUGACGGGAUGCAUCAUAGAAUAUCAGUACCUCGAGGUCAUCCACAGUGCCGUCCAAAUACUUCUCUCUCUAAUUGGAUUUGUGUAUGCUUGCUACGUGAUCAGCGUUAUCACAGAUGAAGAGGACAGCUGUCGACAUAAAUAAUGUGGAUUACAAAGAGACCAAAGGCCAAGAUGUUACUAUUAUUACAACCACUGAUGGGUACUUCUCAUGGAAAAAGAGAUUGACAGCUUUUCAUUGUGUGUUGGAUGACUUGGCCAUGAUUCUGCAACAUUUUCUGCAGCAGAACGGAAUUUUAAAAAUGUUGUUAAUAAGUGGAUUCUGUUUUUUUUUUUUAUUAUAAUUUGAGUUAAAUGGACAUUUGGAAAAUGUACAUUUUGCUUUUGUUUUUUAAUUGUUCUUUUUUAUAACCAGUGUAGCAUGAAACAAAAGGACCCGUGGAAACAUUGUCUACUCAAGUUGGAUUUUUUUCAGCAACAAUUUACAGAUAAAUGUGAAAUGAGAGUUUAUAGAACACAAAAUAAAUGUUGGUUCUGAUGUGAAGGACGGUGUUUGGUUCCCGAAUGUAUUAGCAAAUGUUGUGUACUGUGAUUUGCACAAUCUAUAAAUACAAUGAAUUGGAUGCAAAGUUACUUUCUCUUAUUUUCCUUUUAGACUGCCAUGUGCUUGUUUAUGGAAGUGCUUAUAUCUUCUGAGCUGAUAAUGCAGUCUAACACAUGUUCAUAAGCUGCACUUCAUUAAAAUGACAGUAAAGUC